AUGGGAUCUCUCACAAUCAAGGGCCUGGAGACUCUCCUGCAGGGUUUGGGAUUGACAGUUCCUAUACCUGCAUUUUCCGCCGCGAAUGUCGUGGUCAACCCGGUCGACAUAUACCGAUGCUAUGUUGCUGAUGUCGUGAAGCAGGCAGCGGAGUGUGGGGAGGACAUUACCUUCAAUGCAAUUGAACGGACACAGGUGUUAGCACAUGGCGAUGUGGUCCUGAUUGUUGCGCGCCUUCGUCUGAAAGGCGACAGUAUAGGUCAGCUGUUUGCCCUGCCACUCAUUUCUUGCCCCAGCUCCAAAAGUGUCUUCAUUCCCAUACAUUUCAAUGAAACUAUUCUACCCCGCCUCAUCCUGCCGUAUAUUUUCGAUCGUCGACAUCUAUAUGGGCAGGAUAUGUUUACUGGAUUAAGAGACGCAAAGAAUGAGGCAGCUGGCCGAAAGAAAGUAAUUGUGGAGUUUUCGUCACCAAACAUCGCGAAAGAGUUCCAUGCAGGUCAUCUGCGCAGUACAAUCAUUGGUGCUUAUAUCUCGAACCUCUACGGAAACAUGGGCUGGGACGUUCUCAAGAUAAACUAUCUCGGUGAUUGGGGAAAGCAGUUCGGGCUGCUUGCUGUUGGUUGGCAGAAAUUUGGCUCUAAAGAACUGUUCCAGAAGGAACCGCAGAAACAUCUGCUUGAUGUAUAUGCAAAGGUUAAUUCCUUGUUUAAUCCGGAAAAAGAAGCAAGCAAGAACGCCAGAGAAAAUGGUGAGGACACCUCGGAAAUAGAGAGCAAGGGAAUUUAUGCUGAACGGAAUGCAUUUUUCAAGAGAAUGGAGGAUAGAGAGCCGGAAGCGCUCAGAUUGUGGAAGCGAUUCCGGGAUAUCAGUAUCGAACGCUACAUCUCUACUUAUGCGCGGUUGAAUAUUGCUUUUGAUGAGUACUCAGGGGAAUCGGCCGUGAGACCUGAAACCGUUGAGAAACUUGAUAUUGCGAUUGUCCGGAACCGAGGCGGAACGUCAACCUAUCUUCUUCGUGACAUCGCCACUGUUCUAGAGCGGGAGGAAAAGUACGAAUUUGACAAGAUGAUAUAUGUCGUUGCUGCUGAACAGAAUACGUACUUCCAGCGUGUCUUCAAGACUGUGGAAAUCCUAGGCUAUCCUGAAAUUGCGUCUAAGCUUGUUCAUAUCAAUUUCGGCAAAGUUCAAGGGAUGACAUCGCAACUUGGGGCCGUGAAACUACUCGGUGAUAUUUUGGAUAAGUGUGUCAAUUACAUGCACGAAGUUAUGCGGGCCAACGAGACCAAGUAUGCCCAAGUUGAGGACCCUGAAACCGUGGCAGACGUCGUCGGUAUAACUGCAGUUAUGGCUCAGGAUAUGAGUGGGAAAAGAAUUAACACCUGUCCCUUUGACGUUACCAGAAUGACUUCAUUCGAAGACGAUACAGGACCCUUCCUGCAAUACUCACACGCGGGGCUUUGCUCGAUCAUGCGAAAAGCGAAACUAACCGCAGACGACGUUGUGAAGGCCGAUUUCUCGUUACUCAAGGAGCCUCACGCCAUUGAUAUUCUUAGUGUUGUGGCUCGAUUUCCCGACAUGGUAAGCCAGGCCUAUAACACUUUGGAACCAACAGCUAUUCUUACCUAUCUCUUCCGACUUACACGUCAAGCAUCUUCUGCGCAUGAAGUGGUCAAAGAUCUGGGAGCAAGCGUAGGGCCUGAGGUUAUGUUGGCUCACUUAGCCCCAUGCGAGGGCGCCCGUCAAGUACUUGAAAACGGCAUGCGAUUACUUGGGUUUACUCCCCUAGAAAGCAAGAAGGAUGUGAUUCAUUUGCUGGAUUGA